AUGGCAAGGAACGCGCCAUUGCCACCAGCAAAUUUCAACCCACCUAUGCUCGACGAGCUUUUCCCUGCUUUGACGAGCCCAGUUUCAAGUCGACCUUCAACAUCACGGUAGUCAGGCCAAGCGAGGGUUAAAUCGCUCUCUCCAACAUGCCAGAAACGACCUCUACCCCUGAUUCGCCCUCGGUGGGUCUCACGGAGGUGUCGUUCGAGAAAUCGGUCCCCAUGGUGACUUAUCUGGCCAUAUUCAUCGUGUGCGAUUUCAAGUACAUUGAGAGCGCCACUCCUGAGUACAACAUUCCAUUCCGCGUGUAUGGGACCGAGGAUAAUCAAGCUCUCCUGCAAUAUGCCACGGAUGUGGGCAGCCAUAUCACCGACUUUUAUCGCAAUUAUUUUGAUGUUGAAUACCCUCUACCCAAAUUGGACAUGGCGGCUAUUCCAGAUUACUCCUCGGGAGCUACCGAACAUUGGGGCAUGAUUACUUACCGGGAGACGAACAUGAUCUAUGAUCCGUCGGAAAGCUCAUCUUCAAACCAACGGAGAGUAGCGAAUGUCAUUGCCCACGAACUGGCUCAUCAAUGGUUUGGCAAUCUCAUGACUGUCAAAUGGUGGAAUGAUCUUUGGCUUAACGAGGGAUUUGCCUCUUACAUCCAAUACAAGGGUGCGAAGAGCUUCGAGACCGAUUGGGAUAUGGACUCUCUGUUUCUUACGGACGACUUGUACCGUGUGUUUGAUCUCGAUGCCACUUUAAGUUCUCACUCGAUUGUCGUGGACGUGGAUACUCCCGAUCAGAUCACCGCCGUGUUCGACACUAUUGCUUACAGCAAAGGUGCAUCGGUCAUCCGAAUGAUGGAAAACUUUAUGGGAGAGAAAGAUUUCCAGUUGGGGAUCCAUAAUUUCCUUGUCAAAUACCAAUUCCAGAACGCGAUCACUCAAGAUCUCUUUGAUGAGCUCACCGCCGUUUCUUCAGAUGGUUUGGAGAUCACAAAUAUCAUGGAUACAUGGACCAGGCAAAAGGGAUAUCCAUUGGUCACCUUGAGAAAGGAGUCCGGACAGUAUAAGAUCACUCAGAAGCGUUUCCUCACAGAUCCAGAUGCCUAUGACAAUCCAAAUGAGACAUCACCUUAUGAUUUCAAAUGGGAGAUUCCUGUGACGUAUAUUUCUUCGGAAGAUUCGACUCCUAAACAAGUUUGGUUCCACAAAGAUGAUGAGUCGAUCUCUAUUGAUAUUCCAACUGGAACAAUGUGGGUCAAAUUCAACGUAGGUCAAUAUGGCUAUUACCGCGUGAACUACCCCCAAGAGGAUUGGAAUACCCUGAGCCAAACCCUCAUUGACUCGCCACAAACGUUCUCCAUUUCUGACAGGACAAGCUUGAUUAGCGACGCUUUCGCUCUGGCUUCCGCUAGUGUCUUGGAUUAUCCGACCGCGCUGAAUAUGACCAAAUACUUAAAAGGCGAGAGAGAUUUGACCCCAUGGAACGUAGCCCUCUCUGCUCUGGGGUAUCUUUCCAAUGUAUUAUAUUACACCCCCACCUAUCCGAAUUUGGCCAAAUACAAAAGGCAAUUGAUACAGCCUUUGUACGAAGAACUAACAUGGACGGACGAUGGGACUAUCGACAAUCGACUCCUGCGUGUCAGUAUUCAUGAUCAAGCUUGUGGUCUCGGAAUCGAGGAUUGUUUGGACACCGCCGGACAAAUGUUCACGGAUUGGAUGGACAACAAUCAAACCAUUCCGCCGAACUUCAGGUCUUUGGUUUAUAAGUAUGGCAUGAAAACACGAGGCAAUCAAAAUACUUGGGAUUGGAUGCUAGCUAGAUACAAGGCUGAGAAGAACGCCCAAGAAAAGUCCAAGCUCAUGACUGGAUUGGCUUACAUCCAAGAUCCGGAGAUUUUGUACAAUUUCAUUCAGAUUGCCAAAGAUGAAUCCGUGGUGAGGUCCCAAGAUUAUUUGAGCAUGCUCAACAUCAUUUCGGGCAAUCGGGUGGGUGAGCCUAUUGUAUGGGAUUUCUUCCGUAACGAGUGGGAAUAUCUGGUCGACAGAUUUACUCUGAAUGAUCGUUAUUUGGGAAAGCUAAUCGCACAAAUUACGGAUCGAUUUUCAACUCAACAAAGGCUCAAGGAAAUGCAGGACUUCUUCAUCCAAUAUCCUGAGGCUGGCGCUGGAGAAUCGUCGCGAAAGAUUGCUUUGGAAACGGUUCAAAACAAUAUCAAGUUCUUGGAAACCUACUCCGACGUUAUUGACCAAUGGCUGAAUGAUAAUGCAAGAAAUCAAAAAGAGCAAUAAAGCUUGUGGGAUAAUAUUGCCCCAACAUAA